GUUAACACUCGUCUAUCGAGCACAGCAAGAAGCAACCGCAGCGAUGACAUCGCGUUUGUUAAUAGUAGUCACGCUUUCCCAUAUAAUUAAGGGGAUCUCAAUCCAAAUCAUCAGCUGUAAUAAAAUGAAGGACAGCUGCCUUUCAGAUAUGGAUGGCUGUGGGAUGGCCUGGAACUUUUUCAAAGAAGUCUGCGUCAUGCAAGGUCCAAGUCUCAGGAUAGUGGACUCCAGUGAUUGCAACAUAACAAUCCAGUAUCUCACUGACCGCUACCCAGAGUUCAGAAGUUGUGUGAAUACAAAAACCAGUUUGUGCCAUCUUUUGCUUGAUGAAUCCUGUGCAGUCAAAGACACAUCUGAGAACUGGAGACAUGAAAAGGAUUCGGGGCCUCUUGAACAAUUAGGCCCCCCGAGUGUCAGAUCCUGCACUGACGUUAAGAAGCUCUGCAUUCAGAACGAAACCUGCAACAGGCUGCUGGUGCCUCGCCUCAGCGCGUGUCCCGAAGAUCCGGCUCAGUGCAACGCAUCCCGCUGCCAGGUGGCGGUCCAGCGCUUUUAUGAGAUGCUGCCCUUCAAUAUGGCCGAAAUGCUGGCCUUCUGUGACUGCAGUGUAGUGGAUGACGACUGCCUGCACCUGAAGAGGUCCUUUCACGACAGAAUGUGCUCAGGAGACAUCGGGCCUUCCUCGACGUGCAUCGAUGUGUUGGACAGAUGCAUGGCGGACGCAGCUUGUAGGCGGAGGUUUAACGCAUUCCAUUCAAAGUGCUGGAGUGAAGGACAGGAGGCGUGUAACGGAAGCAAAGACUGCCGAGCCGCCUUCAUCGCCACCAGAGGGACGGUGUUGCAGAUCCCCUGUACGUGUAGGGGCUUGGAAAGGUCCCAGUGGUCCAAGUGCAGGCAUUUCCAGAGCCUGUUUCAUGGGAAAUCCUGCUUUGCCCCGUCGUCUUUGGAGUCAAAUACCUACUUUAAGAGUGCGAUAGAACAAGAAAUUAAAUCAUCACAGAUUUCCUCCAUCUUUAAUGGCACAUUCUUCUGCGUCGUCACCUACAUCUUGGUCAUAAUGCUGGCUACUAUGUUUAUCACCCUGGUUUUCUACCGAACAAGAAUCUGCAGAGAAUCCCGAAGAAGGAUCUACAGCCCCCCUCUAGACCCAAACGAAUGUCUUGUCAUGUACUGAAAACCUUGAAGUUCUCGUGUCUUAUUUUAUGGUGGGACCAGCAUUUCAAGUGUGACUUGUCAUUUUUCUUCGGUUUCUGGACGUGGACGUGUAAAGUAAUGAUGACGACAUUUCUUCUUGUGACUUCGAAUGGCUGACUGCAGUCCGUUAUCAGUCGCUGCUGUAAAUUGGUGUAGCUGGCCCUGUGCUGUUGUUACAUUUGGUUUA